AUGGCAGGCGCCGACUCGCUGUCGGACGCCGAGCUGCUGGCGCUGCUGCGCGCGCGCCGGCUGCGCGCCUACCAGCUGGAGGCGCGGCUGGCCGACCCGGAGCGGGCCGUGGACGUGCGCCGCCAGCACGUGACCGAGGCCGGCCACCUGCUGGACGCCAUGGACGAGCUGCCGUACCGGGGAUACGAGUACGAGCGCGUGAUGGGCGCCUGCUGCGAGAACGUGGUGGGCUUCAUGCCGCUGCCGCUGGGCGUGGUGGGGCCGCUCACGCUCGACAACAGGCAGUACUACGUGCCGCUGGCCACCACCGAAGGAGCGCUGGUGGCCAGCACCAACCGCGGCGUCUGGCCGUGCGCAAGUGUGGCGUCAAACAGCUACAUCGUGGGCGACGGCAUGACCCGGGCGCCGGUCAUCGAGUGUGUGUCGGCCAAUCAGGAGAGUGACAUCCUGUUCUGGCUGGAGACGACGGACGGCUUCCACGCCGUCAAGCUGGCCUUCGACUCGACGUCACGCUUCGCCCGCCUCAAGAACGUCGAGGUCAGCAUGUUCGGCCGUCAGCUGUUCGUCCGCUUCGUGGCCAAGACGGGCGACGCCAUGGGCAUGAACAUGGUGUCCAAGGGGACGGAGAAGGCGCUGGAGCACAUACAGCAGCUCUUCCCCGAGAUCGUCAUCACCAGCGUCAGCAGCAACGUCUGUACGGACAAGAAGCCGUCGGCCGUGAACUGGAUCCGCGGCCGCGGUAAGUCGGUCAUCUGCGAGGCGGUGGUGCCGGCCGAUGUGGUCACCAGCGUGCUGAAGACCACCGUGCCGGCCAUGGUGAACCUGGCCAUCAAGAAGAACCUGAUCGGCUCGGCGGUAGCAGGAAGCAUCGGCGGCAACAACGCGCACGCCGCCAACAUUGUCACCGCCAUCUACAUUGCCACUGGCCAGGACCCGGCCCAGAACGUGUGCAGCAGCAACUGCAUGACGCUGCUGGAGCCGUGGGGCGAGACGGGCGAGGACCUGUACGUCACGUGCACCAUGCCCUGCCUGGAGGUGGGCACGGUGGGUGGCGGCACCGUCCUCAAGGCGCAGCGCGCCUGCCUGCGCAUGCUCGGCUGCCAGGGCGCCAACGCUAGCCAACCGGGUCAGAACGCCCGACAGCUGGCCAGCGUGGUGUGCGCCACCGUGCUGGCUGGCGAGCUGUCGCUGCUGGCCGCUCAGAGCGCCGGGCACCUCGUCAAGAGCCACAUGACGCUCAACAGACAACCUGUGGAGGACGAACGCGACUCCUCGGACCAGCCGCCAGGAAGCGCUCAACCGCUAGCGGCAGUCGCUGCGCUCGGCUGCAUCACCAGCUAGGGCCGGCUCCGAGCCUGAGCGCGGGGACGGGCCGGCGUCGGUGGCUACUGCCCAGCUAGGGCCGGCUCCGAGCCAGGAGGCGCUGAACCGCUAGCGGCAGUCGCCGCGCUCGGCUGCAUCACCAGCUAGGGCCGGCUCUGAGCGAGGAGGCGCUGAACCGCUAGCCGCAGCCGCUGCUGCCGGCGGCUGCUGACGGGCCUCGCCAUGCGGCGGUCAGGCUCACGUUCCUGGGCUUCCGCCUCGCACCCAGCCGCCUCGUCUCCGCCCGGCCGACAGCCCCGACCAGGGACGUCACCAAGACCUGAGGCUCUGGGGGAGACAACUGACGACCAGUGCGUGUGUGUGUGUGUGUGCGUGGGGUACCCAGACUGGUACCUUGCGGUUCAAACCGAGGAUGAGUGGCUAAGCUGUUGCAAUUAGGCUUGUGUGUGUGCUGUCAUCGCAUCAGGCGGGGAUUCGGAGGUGGCGUGGCGCCUCGGGGGACGUGCCUGGUUCCAGCGGGACAGUGUAACCCGGCCGACCGGGCGGCUGGACCGGCCCGGUCCCCGCCUGGCGCUGGCCGAGACCGCCCGUCGACGCUGCUGCCGCCGACCCGCCCCACAAAAUACUCGGCGUGUGUGCGUGGUGUACUUGGAGUGGUGGAUGAGGGAGUGCACGGGAAUGUGCAGAGGUGGUGUUCUGGAGGCCGGCUCCUGUUUGAUCUGUUCCCUGGGAAAACGGGUGUUGAGAUGUGUACCUCGUGCCGGGGCGUCGGCGUCAGCGAAAGGCCGCGAGGGACUGCCGUGAAGGGGUCUGCUGGGAGCAACUGUCGUCGUGAAGCGAUCUGUUGGUAGGAACUGCCGUGAAAGGGCCUGUUGAGAAUACGUGUGUGUUGCGUGGUAAUGGGCCCGCCUGUUGCAUCCCCUGCUAGCGUUCGUGGUACGGUCUGUCUUUCAACUCCGCAAGUCCUAGAUCCUUUAGUUAUAUCUUUGCACCCCUACCUCGUGUAUGCAUGAAGCGAUGUUAAUUAGUUUUACAUUUAUUUAUUUAUUAGCCCCGUGUUGAACACGACUCAGGAUAGCUUCUGACGCGUGGUGCCGUUGAAGUCGUAUGACAUGGACGCGGUGGGCUGUAUGAAUUCGGGGAGCAUUUGGCCCGUUCAGUUUAAGUUGGUGUAGGAAAUGGAAAAUAAUACCAUGCCUAGUAUUUCGUGAGAAAAUCCCAUCGCCAUGGCUCUCGAGGGCAGCUAUUUCUGUCCUCAAAAUGGAAAGCCGUCCCUGUCAUGCGCACCAAAGAUGACGUUUGUGCCCAGCAGCGCGCUGGUGGCUGCACCAGCGAAUUUCUAGCAACGUGACGAGCGCUGCUGCCCAGCGUUAGGGAAAAUAUUUAACCGAUCAUGUUUGCUACAGUCCAGCAGCCAGCUUAUUCGUGAGGGUUUAGAAAGAGUACUAAUUUGCGCCGAAAACGCCCCAAUGCGCGGUAAUCUUCGUGUGAAACAUAAGCCGCGCGCUCCCAGGUUGCCGCAAUGGCGCAUAAGCUACUGCCGAGAUUUCCUAUGUGUAGGACACAUCGCUCCAGCCCAGCUCCUUCAGCUUGUCCGUGCCUGCUGCCACACUUCAUUGGCGCCGUGUGGUGGUGGAACGAAUUGCCGUGCUUUGAUUCGACGUCCACACAGUCGCGCGUUCCCCAGCGGUGCUGUGACUCGUCUGCUACCAGUCAGCUCGCCGUCGUUGACGUAAUUUUUAGUGAUGCGCGAGUGCGAGCGAACGUUUUAGUGUUUGAACUGAUCACUGAUGUAUCCUCUGAAUCAUAUGGCUCUGGAUAUGUAUUUAUUUUCGCAUGCAAGAAUACAGAAGG